AUGUUAAAUAGUAGAGUGUGUGGAGAGUUUGAAAGUAUAUGGAAGAUUUUUCCAGAUGAUUUAAAUGCAUCUGGAGAAUAUUCUGUUGGUGGUGGAACGAUCAAAAACUACUGCCCUAAUAGAAAAUGUGACAGCGAUAUCAAUAAGAUUGAUGCUGGAUGUUUAUGGUUAUUUAAUCAAUUUUAUGGAGGUUCAUAUAAUUUUUCGAAUUAUGCAGAUGACAAUAUUCAUAUUGUUGUAUUUAUUAUGAUAUGGUUAGGCUAUAAAUUAAAUCAAAAGUUAAAUAAAGAAUUUCCCAAUUUAAAAGAUUUUUAUAGUAAGCAUAUACAAAAUGCCAAUGAGUAUAAUAAGACUAUAGACGACGUUGAGGGGUAUAUAAGUUAUAUUGAUCUUAUAAAUAAAAACGAUAAUGUGAUAAAUAUUUCUAAUGAAAAUAUGUCUAAACUUUAUGAUUUAUUCAAAAAUUUGUGUAAAAUGUAUAAUGAUAUUUCAAAGAUAAGCAAUAAUAAUAAAAAAUAUAUAGAAUAUGCUAAUAAAUUUGCUGAUGAAUAUAAAAAACUUUUUAAUGAUAAUGAUAAUAAUGUUGAAGGAAGUUCAUAUAAACAAAUAUUGUCUAGAUUAUCAAGUGAAUAUACUUAUUUUAGAAAUAGUUACGUUAAGUCUAUUAAACAAGGUACAAUUCCAGAACUUAUAACGGAAAAAACUACACAAAUUUCUGUAUCAAAUCAUGAAGGAACACAAGAUGUCUCCUUGAGUGAAAUGCCAAUAUCAAGUUCUGAAAUUGAAGUAUCUAGUUCCAAAGAUAAAGUAUCAGAUUCUGAUUCAGGAUCACCAAGUUCAUCGAUAUUAAAUAAAUUAAUUUCAAUUCCAUUUAUAUUUGUUGCAACAUUAAUUUUAUUAGGAAUUGCAUAUAAGUAUUCGUUAUUUGGAAUUCGGAAACGAUCUCAAAAACAACAUUUAAGAAACAAGUUAAAAAAAUAA